GAGCAGGCGGACCCCUGGUGUCCUCUGUCCCGGCAGAGCAGCAGGGCAGGCGGGCAGGGAAUCUGCCUCGCUCCGUCCCAGUGGUGGUGGGAGCCUCACCCGCUUGGCACUGGGCAAAGCCUCUGUGGGGAAGACGGGGUGCGUGCCUUCGGGAUGCUCCUCUCCCUUGCAGUUUGAUUCGAUGCGGUGCUGCUCCAUGCCCGCUAGCGACCGUUCGUUCUCAUGAGAGGUGAUGCCAUUCUUACUUUUCACUGUUCUGACACCAAACGAGGUGUAUCAACGCCCUCAGGUAUUGUGGGAGCCUUUAAACUUUCAGGGCAAGAGCUCAGAGGGAACUUGGGGUGAGUGUGAAUCUUCCUGUCUCUCCUUUCUAGCUUCCCACAGUCAUCCAAUGUGAAGCUGCUAGGAGCUGGGAAGUUCCAGGGGAACUUUGUGCCUUGGUGCCACUAUGAGGGACGCCGACAGUCUUCCCCAUGCUCCCACCCUUUGAGUUUUAGACUUUUUUGACUCGUGACUGUUUCACAUACCUCUGUCACGGUGGUGAUGCGCCCAUGGGGAGAGCUGGAUUGGCAUCUCUUCAGGGUCUGAAAUCCUCAGUCCUCACAGCAGAUGUAGUCGCAUAAACUUUCCCCAUUUUUUCCUUCUCCCCUUUCUGCAGCUGGUACCCCAGGGCUGGGGGGCUUGUGGCCUUUGCCAUUCUGCUGAGACACUGCACAGGGCAAGGGGUGACCUGAUGCCAAGGGUGCUGGUAGUUUCUGAGCUAAGGUCACUUGUCCCCUGAAGCACCGGCCAGAGAGCCACCAGCUCGCUCCAUACAAGCUCCCAAAGAGCCACCACAUGGAGAUGGCUGGGAUCUAUCUGGUUUUUACAGAAACUUUCUACUCAGUCAAUACAGGUCACCCUUCUGCACUUAAUCCCAGCCUGCAGCACCAAUCACUUCCCAUAUAAUCUCCCAGAACAGCUGUGCUGUGAUUGCAUUGUGGAUUACAAAAUGACCAUUUUACACAAAACAGCUGCUGGCUGGAGGGAUAGCAUUUAAUAAUCACUUGGGGGUGGGGGGUGAGGGAGGAGGGGAGGAGACAAAGGAGAAAGGGGUUUUGUAGCAAUUGGGUUUCUUGGAGGAUCUAGAGAUGAGCAAACCAGCAGACAAAGCGUGAGUGCCAUUUCUGUGUUUCUCCUCCAAAUUAACAGGACUUCGAGGACUUGCUGCCAAGAUGGAGCUGCUGAAGGGAUUGCCAUGGCGCCGUGCUUUCCUGGCUGUCAUCCUGAACCUGCUGGCUCUCAGCCUCUCCACCACCGCCUUGCUCGGCAGCUACUGGUGCACCGGGACCCAGAAAGUGCCCAAGCCUUUGUGUGGGAAGAGCAAAGCCACCAAGUGCAUUGGUGUCCCCAUGCCGCCUGAUGCAGGUGCUAGCAAUGUUUCAUCCCAGGAUGUGGUGCACUACAGCUGGGAGACCGGGGAUGACCGCUUUGCCUUCAAAUACUUCCACACGGGGAUGUGGCUUUCCUGUGAAGAGAGCAUGGAAGGGCCAGGUAGCGUCUUGCCCAGGCAGCCACAACUUCUUCCCUUGUAUUUACUCCACGGGAGUUUGGAAAUGAAAGAAGAGAAAUGCCGUAGCUUUAUUGAGCUUUCACCACCAGCAGAGAGAGGAAUCCUGUGGCUGUCGCUGGGAUCAGAGAUGCUGUACAUCAGCUUGCUGCUCAUCAGCUUCAUCCUCCUGAUGGUGGAAAUGCUGCAUACUGGCAAUCCUGUCUGUGGGUUGAAGCUCAACGCCUUUGCUGCUGUCUCCUCGGUGCUGUCAGGUCUCCUUGGGAUGGUGGCACACAUGAUGUACACUCAAGUCUUCCAGGCAACAGUUAAUCUGGGACCAGAGGACUGGAGACCGCACUCAUGGGACUACGGCUGGGCAUUCUACAUGGCCUGGGCCUCCUUCACCUGCUGCAUGGCCUCUGCCGUCACCACUCUCAACACCUACACCAAGACGGUGCUGGAGUUCAAAAGGAACCACAUCAAGGGCUACGACGGGAGCUUCAAGGACCAGCCUCAGCACCACCAGUGCUUCCUACGGCAGCAGAUAAGCAGCUACUACGAGCCCCAAGACAAGCCCCUCCAUUCAGUCUCUGAGGGAGUCGACUUCUACUCUGAGCUGCAGCAGAAGGUGCUACAGCGGGAACCAGAGCUGGAGCUGGAUGAGGUCUUGGGACAGACGAUCGGGGAGGAUCGCUGUUAGGGAUGAGCGCGCAGGGGCAGAGCAGUGGGGUUUGGGAGGCACGAGAGCGCUGAGCGGAACACCAGCACCACUGUUAGCAAGUUCUCGGGGAGCAAUUCCUGCCUCCACGGUUCGGGGAGCGAGAAGAGAACACCAGGGCAACAGCAGUGCCAACAGGAGCAGGGUGGGUCCUCCCUGAUCACGGUUUGAUGGUGUCCUCAGCUGGGAAGGGGACUGGAGGGACAUGCUGGUGCCAGCUGUCUCCAAGCGCUUUCAGACAGAAUCGAGGCAGAUGUCCUAAUCCCAGCAGUAUUGCACCUGGGAAUAGAUAGUCAGUGCCAUCCAGCUGGCAAACUGCAGUGCUGGGCCUCUUUGGGUGGUGUCACAUUGUGUUCCAGCAACCCCCCGGGCUCAGUGCUAUGGUGAAGGGCAUCGGUGCUCAUAUUGAUUGGCCGUAGUCCUCUCUGAACACCUUAUUUAUUCUUCAUUUCCAGGCCCACCCCCCUCUUCUCCCUGCCCCUAGAUUGAAAGUGCUGCUGCAGUAGGAAUGGGAGGUUGCUUUCAGACAUCUCCCUCCUGCUCUUUCCUAUCUGUAAUGACACCCACAUGCUCCCUUCUUGCUUUUACCCCCAAAAUCUCCCAUUCUGAGGUACUUUCCCAUCUGUCUCCUUCUACUGUGCUUCUCCACAACCUUUAAGAAUCCUUGGCUGGGCUUUUGCUUUUUUCUUUGUUUCUCUUCACCUUGUCCCCUUUCUUCCAUUGUAAAAAUAUCACAGACAAUCCCCAAACCAAGCAAACUCCUAAUCUCUCAAAGGUGAAACACUGGUUCACAUGACACAUGAUGCUGUACAGAGUAUUUAUUUGCUCCACUUCAGUUCACAGUUCAAAUACAUUUUCCCAACAAUAUA